AUACCGAAGCUCGUGUACAUGAGGCCCUCUAACGCAUUGGGAUAGAUACCUUAUCUCGCAGCUCAAUACGCUGUGCUACACUCCUCACUCGAAGGCUCGCACACCUCUGCCGCGUUGAAAAUCAAGUUGCCGGGCCUGGAGCAUCUGAUCCGCCGAGGCCGCUCCUAACAGGACAACAAGUCACAGAGUUUUUUUUUUUCCGCCGCAUCUUGAAGAAUCUGGCGACGAAGUUAGUAUAAAGUCUUGGAACACUACACACACGCUUCGGUCGUCCUCCAUCAUGUCAUCUAUCUUGCCUACUAGCGCAAGCCUGCUCUCGAAGCACUCGUCCUCCUGUGCAAGACGGACUAUCUUCACAUCUGCUAAAGCGCCGCUAGUCAGCCUGAAGAGAACAAUGGCGCCUGCCCUGGAUCUGGGCGGCUCUUCCGCAUCCGUUUCGCAAGCGAGGCUCAAGUCGACAACGACGACGACGACGGGGCCAGCAGGAAAGAUUGAAGCAGCGCAAGAUCCCAUGACCGGCGAGUCAUUGGGCUCGAGCCGACCACUAGAUGCAUCAGCUCUGAUCCUCGAAAGGACCAAGAGCGCCAAAAAGCCGCCUCCUUCGCACGAGCUUGUGUUCGGCCACUGCUUCUCCGAUCAUAUGCUGACCGUGGACUGGUCUAGCUCAAAAGGCUGGUCGAGCCCCAAAAUCCAACCCUACGGCCCCUUCACCCUGGAUCCCUCCAGCGUCAUCUUCCACUAUGCGCCCAGCUUGUUUGAGGGCAUGAAGGCCUACAAAGAUGUGAAUGGCGAAGUGAGGUUAUUCAGGCCCGAUAUGAACAUGAAGCGCAUGAACACGAGCGCCGAAAGGUUGGCUUUGCCUACGUUCUCGCAUGGUGAUCUGAUUAAGCUCAUCGCGACACUGGUGGAUCUCGAUAGCUCUUGGAUUCCUUCAGAGCCCGGCCACAGCUUGUACAUUCGACCAGCCUUGAUUGGUACGCAAGCAGCUCUUGGCGUUCACCCUACGACAGAUGCUCGGCUUUUCGUGAUCAGCAGCCCUGUCGGUCCCUACUACAAGACUGGCUUCAAGCCUGUCGCUCUAGAAGCGGAUCCGAGCAAGGUUAGGGCUUGGCCAGGCGGCACGGGCAACUACAAGCUUGGAGGCAACUACGCGCCGGGCAUUAGACCGCAAAUGGAGGCUGCGACGCGCGGCUACCAGCAAAACCUUUGGUUGUUCGGUGAUGAGCACUGGCUGACGGAGGUCGGCACGAUGAACCUCUUCGUUGCGCUCAGACAGAGCGAUGGCAGCGUGGAGCUUGUGACACCGCCCUUGAACGGAAUGAUCUUGCCGGGCGUGACGCGAGACUCGAUUCUGGGUUUGGCAAGGGAGCACAGCUCUGGCUCAACACAGCCUCUGGAGGGUGUAGCAAAGGAACUGAAAGUGUCAGAGCGAGAGAUCAACAUGGCCGAGAUUCAAAAGGCUGCCUCUGAAGGAGCCUUGCUGGAAAUUUUUGGUGCUGGUACAGCAGCUGUCGUCUCGCCCGUAGACAGAAUCGGAUACAUGGGCAAAGAUGUGCACAUCCCGGUGGGACCUAGCGGAGCGGGACCUAUCGCUAAGGCGAUGCUGGAACGCAUCAACGACAUUCAGCUCGGUAGGAUCGAGCAUCCCUGGAGCGUGCGCGUCAAGGACAUCGUCGACAACGAGGUCUGAUGUGCGGGACUUUCCGGAUGCGUAGCUCUGAGGGGAGGGGCAACCAAUCUCACACAUUCCCAAACGUCACCCUAACAAUGCUGUGAAAACGACGUCAACUGCACGCGUCUAGAUUCAAUUGACAAUGAGAAUCACAAGCAAAAAUGUCGGAGCUGUACGAGGUGGAUUUUGACACCGCUGAGGCUAUG